UUCAGUCACAUGACCUCCGCUGACAUGCAGCUAGCCGCCUAGCAUAACAGCUCAGCAGAAAGCAGCAGCCCCGAGUGUAAAUAAGCUGCAGUUAGGGGGGGAAACAGAACAAAGACAUGAGUGAAGCGAGCUCCAGUCUCCGUCUCUGCUGUGUGGAAGUGAAGCUCUCCCUCAGGUUGUGACCACUGAGCAGAGGAGUGUCACGGUGAAGAGUGUCCGUCAUGCAUCCGUUCGGCUGUGAGGCCGAGACCUCCCUGCAGGACCUGUUCGAGUACUUCAAGAGGUGCCUGCAGCACGGAGAGUGGGAGCUGGCCGGCGCCUGUGUGCCGCAGCUGGUUCAGUCGACGGGGGGACUCUCUGAGAGUCUGCGGGACAUCAUCAGAGCUAUAGUCUGCCAGCCGUACAGUCUGAAAUGGGAGUCUGUGGGGAGUCCUCACAAGCUGGCCUGGUUUUGGCUUCAGCUGUUGGAGAAAUGGACGGAAGAGAAGGUUCCUCCAAACACCAGGCGAGAGCUGGAGUUCCUGCUGCUGCUGGAGGAGCUGGGGUCAGAGGGCGUACCAGAGACGACUCUCAAGGAGCUGCAUCAGUCUUUCUUGGACUCACAGUCUGACCUGAAGGCUCCUGGUGGAUCGAGGACAGAGGACGCCGUGGAGUCUUGUCUGCAGACGUUAUUGGAGAAAAAGAAGCCGAGGCUGGCUCAAUCUUUGGCUCAUUUCUUACAGGAUCAGUCGAGCUCAGAGGAGCGCGGCCUGCAGCACACGUUCAUCUCACACUUAACCAAGAAGCUCGGGAAGCCGGAGCGGAGGCCGGAGAGUCUGGAGGAGUGGACGGAGGAGAUCUACGCCGUGUUGUCCGUGAUGCCGUUGAGCUCGAAGCAGGGCGGGGUCCAGCUGGAGGCGCUGUGCGAGGCGCUGUGGGCGGCCAGAGACGGCCCGCUGAGAGAGGAGCGGAUCCUGGGCUCGCUGCUCCGCCCGCGCUGCCACUCUCUGGUCUCUGUGUACUGCUGCACCGCUCUGAGGCUGCAGAGGGAUCACCUGCUGAGGAGUGCGCCCCAAACUCAAGUGGACCUUCCUGAAACCGAGAAGCUGACCCUCAGCUUAUGUAGCCACAAGGAUCGUCCAUCCAUCUGGAAGACCAUUUACUUCGAGUGCCUUAGCAGCGGGAAACACUUCCUGGAGCAGGUCUUGGUGACGGCACUCGACCUGAUCAAACACGAGGAGUUUCCUCAGCUCAGAGACUUACUGCAGCAGGAGUUCCAGCCUCUGUCGCGCCUGCUGUUGCUCCUGGGGUGGACUCAGUGCCGCAGUCUGAGCUCGGCUCAGACGCUGCUCAGCAUCCUUCACCAAGAGCAGGCACCAGCCAACGACUCUGUCCUGCAGGAGUGUGCCAAUCUUUUGUCCUCUCAGCUUGGAAUACUUGAAUGGUGUAAAAACAACAACCCAGGGAUUUCUGCAGAGGCGUUGCUUGCACAGCUUUACACUCUGGAUAACCACUCUGCUCUGUAUAUUCUGCAUUCCCUGACUCCUCUGGCUCAGUUUGAAGAGCGUAAGAUCCUGGAUCUGCUGCGGCAGCUUCUGAAUUCACCAGGAGCAGAAGAAGAUGCAGAGAAGCUCAGUCCUCUCGGUCCGGGUGUGCAGAGGAACAUAAUCCUGUUCCAGGGGUUCUGUGCCAUGAAGUACGCCAUCUACGCUCUGUGUGUGAAUGCUCACAGAUACUCAAACUGCAGCGAGUGUGAGUCCGUGCAGCAGCAGCCGUCUGAAGCAGAGACGGACCAAAGCCAAGACUCAAACGGUUGCCAUCAAAUGUUCAAGCACUUCCUGUCAGAGUGUCAGCUCUACCUGGAGGCGGUUCCUGCCAUGUUCCGCCUGGAGCUCCUGGAGAACAUCUUCUCUCUCCUCUUUCUGUCCACCUCUGACUUCGUCCAAAAAGACACAAACUCAAAUCAGAACUCUCAGUCAGAAACGUUAUCAGAUGAGAGACGCACAAAUGUGGAAUCAGAGGCCAAACCAAAGACAGAUGAGGCUGAGGACGGCAGACAGCCGCCUUCAAACUCAACAUCAGCAGCCCACUGCAGUCACCUGGAGCUGGGGCACUUCAUCCAGGGCUGCAGGGGGUUUUUGGUCGACGUGACGGCGAUGGAGGGUUUCCUGAAGCUGCUGAAAGAAGGACUGGAGGGCAUGUGUGUGGUGGGACAGCAGGAAGGACAGGAAGGGGGGCGAGCGCUGCCGAGGGAGGCCGAGGCUGCGGAGAGUCUCGGGUGCUCGGUGACGGCUGCAACGUUCGGGUCUCGUCUGCAGAGGUUGUCUAAACGCACCGCAGAGGCGCAGUGGAGGCUGCAGAUCAUCACCAGCAACCAGGGCAGUGGAAGCGGUCCAGAGAGCCCUCUCAAAGUCUCCUCAGUAAGCUGUACGGUCACCUCUCUGGGACGCAGCAAGAGCUCGAGUCUGAGGAGGAGGAAGAGACACGGGAGACACUCGAUAGAGAGACAAACCUCCACAGAGAGACACAACGGAGAAGUGAGCACCAGCACAUCAGAUGGGGGAGGAGGGACCGCAGCAGGCUCUGUUGAAUUGGAGGUUUGUCCGUGUGGAGGUCCACACAGCUGGCUCGUCCCCGCCAUGCUGUCCCCUCCAGAGUCUCUGCUCAUGUCCUGCAUCCGCCGGGGGAACUUCAUGGAGGCUCAUCAGGUGUCUCUGGUGUUUGAUCUGGAGGCGUCUGCCUGCUGUGGAGAGCUGGUCUUCAUGGAGCGCUACAAAGAAGUCCUGGUGGAGUUGGGGCGGGUGGAGCAGAAGAUGGAGAGCAGGUCUAUGUCUUCGUCUUCGUCUUCCUCUGAGGGUUUGGUGACGACGGCUGUGUCGGGACCGGGGAGGAGUCGACUGGGCAGCAGCGGGCGAUCGACCCUGCAGGCCAUCGGGAGUGCAGCUGCUGCAGGAGUGGCCUUCUACUCCAUCUCAGACAUAGCAGACCGUCUCCUCAGCACCCCAGCUCACCCGAUGCCCUCUCUGGAGGAGGGCUACUGGCUGAGCCGCUGCACCUCAGACCCAUCUGGGCUCCUUUACACGCUGCUGGAUGAGCUCAGUCCUGCUGCCAUGGCUGCCUUUGACCUGGCCUGCUGUCACUGUCUGCUCUGGAAGACGUCCCGCCAGCUGCUGGACACGGCGGAGCGCCGGCUCAAUGGCAGCCUGGAGGCUCGAGGAGUGAGAGUGGACCCAAAGGUUCCUCAUUCGGAGGGGAUUUGUGGAUUCCCGAUGGUGUUACAGCAGAUCAACAAGAUCCUGAAUCAUUCUUUCUCUAAUAAGGGUUCUGUCAAACCAGACGCCGUCAGUGAGGACCAAGUGUUUGCCAGCCCGUUUGGCUGCUGCAUCCAGGACGUUCUCCUGUGUUGUCAUCCGAUACUGAGCGAGGAGUGCAUCUCAGCUCGGCUCAGCCUGUCUCAGCGUUUAGAGACGACUCUGAGCAUCCUGAGCACGGCUACAGACGGCGCAGAGGGCAGAGUGGGCAGCGCUCUCCUUGCUCUGCUGGGCGAGCAGGCCAGUCUGAAGCAGUCCGAGCUGGACUCUCACCCCGUGCGCUCCAGCAUGAAGCAGCUGCUUCGCUCUCUGGACCAGCUCUGCCCGUUUGAGCCCGACGGAGAUCUCGCCAGACCAGAUUACGUGCGCAGCUUCCUGGACUACAUCAACACACUGGCGUCUGUGCUGGUGCGAAGCCUCGGUUCAGAAGAUCAGAGCAGUGAAGUGAAGCUCGGGAAUCCUCUGCUGGUGUUGCUCCAGUCCCCAUUCCAGCUUCUCUCCCACCUGCUCUUUGACAGACAGGUGUCUCCUGACAGGGUGCUGUCUCUGCUGCAGCAGGAAGGUCUGCGUCUGAGCGUCCAGCAGGUGAUAGUCCAGCGGUGCUGCGAGACUCUCCCCGUCUGGAUCUCCUGUCCGGGCGAUGACGGAGACUCCAGUCAGACUAAAAGCGAUGACAGCGUGUUCGGCGUCUCCAGUUUGUCCGUCCUGCUCCAGCAGCACGCUCAGGAGCACAUGUCCACUCUGGGAAUCACAGAGCCGCACUCUGAGUCUGAAACCUCCGAGUCUGAAACCUCAGCGGAGGACAGCUCAGCUCUGCCUCACAGCCUCUCCACCUCACCCACCAACCUCUCCACUUCACCGCCAUCAUACUCAUCUUCCUCUUCCUCAAACUCUUCCUCCAACUCUUUCCUCCUCACACCAUCGUCCCUUUCUUUCCUGAAGUCCCGCUCCCCGUUGCUCGCCACCCUCGCCUGUCUGAGCGCCUGCAAAGGAGAAGCUGCCCGCACACAACCCUCAGGGUGGUCCGACUUCUUCCGCAGCGGGCGCAAAGAGGCGGUCCUGGACGGUGAGCAGAUCUCUAAAGAAGCUGACAGCCUCCUGAAGGACUUCCCCAUCCUCCGUGCGUACCUUCACACCAUGGCUGAACCCGUGCUGGGCUCUGACGUCAGCGAGGGCGAGGAAGGCUUAGGGGCGGUUGUUUGUGGGAAACCCCUCGUUGGUCUCCUUCUGUCGGGGCCUCAAGCAGAAGUCGCCCAGGCUGUGGCUGCAGAAGCCUUCCAGACGUCUCUGUCCUCUAAAGACCUGUGCCGAGCCCUGAGUCUGCUGGAGCUGUACGGGCAGGGCUGCAGCCAGGAGGGGGCGCUGAGGGACCGUCUGCUCGCCUGUGCUGCUCUGGAGGAUGGAGGCGAAGGUAUCGGUCAGCUGUUCCGGGUGCAGGACGCCAACCUGCGAGGUCGUGUCGCCCUCCAGGCUCUUGAGCGCUGGCCUCUGUCGGCCUGUCUGGAGCUGCUGGAGUUCUGCCUCAAUGAUCCAAACACGGAGAGCUCACUGAGGACGGACUUAGAGCUGAAGAAGAAAGAACUGGACAUCUAUCACUGCAUGUUGGCUCUGCAGCCUCCGCUGCCCUGGGCGACUUGGCAGGAGCUGAGGACCGAGUCAAAGACCAACUCUGAGUCCUUAAUGUUCAUGAUGGUGGAGGCUAAAGAGUUUGAUCUCUGUGCUCGGUGGGUUGAGCUCUAUCCUGUGACAGACCAGCUGAGGCUGCAGCUGCAGACCGAACAUCUGCUUCAUCUGCUGGAGAAGGGACACAUGGACGAAGCUUUCCAGUUACUGGAGGGGAUUUCAGAUUUUGCAGUCGGCCUGGACGUCUGUGAGCGUGCUCUGGACCGCCGCCCCGGAUUGGCUGCCUGUCACUUCCUGGCUGAUUACCUCACUCUGCAUUUCCAGAGGCAGGUGUCUCCAGCACGUCGAAGGCACAUCCAUGCUCUCCACCUAGGCUCCAAGGUGUUGCUGACUCUGCCUCCAGCAGCUCGGCAGGACUACUUCCCCCUGCUGUCCGAGCCGCUGCUGAUGCUGGAGCAGCUGUUGAUGAAUCUCAAAGUGGACUGGGCGGACGUGGCGGUGCGAACCCUGCGGAGCCUCCUGGUCGGUCAGGAGGCCGGGUUCGGUGCCGAGGACAUCGACAAGCUUUUGUCAGAUUAUGCCUGCAAUGCUCUCGACUUCUCCUGCGCGCCCAGACGGAGGUCUCGAUCCGACUCUUUAGUCAGCCUCCAGGACGCUCUGCUGCAGUGUCCUGCUCAGGAUAACUGCUCCCUCUCUUACAGUCAGAUUGAAUCUCCAACAGCAUCCACAGGCAGCACGCCGUCACACACGCUCUCCUACACCGGCUCAGACCGGGAGAGGGAUCGAAUCUCAGCGGGGAAGAAACGCCGCUCAUCAGCUAAGUUUCAGCCUCCAGACCAACCCCCAGCCCGCAAAGACUGGGUCCCUGACACUAAGCAGCACGUGUGCAUGGUCUGCAAGAGAGAGAGGUUCACCAUGUUCAACAGACGCCAUCACUGUCGGAGAUGUGGCCGCCUGGUUUGUCACGCGUGCUCGGAGAAUAAGAUGCCCGUGGAGGGCUGCCCAGGAGAGGAAGUCCGAGUCUGUAACCAGUGUUACGCCUACUUUCACCCAGAUUCUGAUGACGAGCUCGAACCAGCUGAAGUCGCUGGAAGCCCCGUGGUCACAGAGAACGCUCUGGACGGGAUGCUGCAUCUGCCUGAAGUGGUGCAACAACAGAUCCAGCUCAGCACCAACUCUGCAGAGAACCAGCUGCUGCGGGGCGAGUUCUACUACGAACAGGCUCCCAGUGCGUACCUCUGCGUGGCCAUCCUGUCUCUGCACAGCGACCAGACGUCCUGCGGUCACCAGCUCAUCAGCCACUGCCGCGCUCUGUCCCGUAAGCUCACCAACCCCGAGGUGGACGCCUGCCUCCUCAACGACAUCAUGCGGCAGCUGCUCUUCAGCGCCAAGCUGAUGUUCGUGAGAGUCAGCCGCAGCCAGGAUCUGGCCCUGUGUGACAGCUACAUCAGCAAAGUGGACGUGCUGAAGAUUCUGGUGACGGCCAAUUACAAGUACAUCCCCUCUCUGGACGACAUCCUGGAGACUUCUGCCGUCACUCGUCUCCGGAACCAGCUGCUGGAGGCCGAGCACUACCAGCUGGCUGUGGAGGUGUCUACUAAGAGCGGUCUGGACCCCGGCGCGGUGUGGCAGGCGUGGGGGAUGGCAUCUCUAAAAGCCGGGAACCUCUCAGGAGCGAGGGAGAAGUUGGCCCGCUGCCUGAAGGCACCUGUGGACCGGAACCAGCUCAACCUGGGUCCCUUACUGCUGCAGGAGAUCGUCCAGCACCUGGAGAACAACGUGCACCCCACUCUGGCCACGCCCUUCGGUGAGGACAUCCUGGCGUCCCUGUGGGAGCUGGAGGACGCCCUGUGCGAGGCAACCGAUCGACCGGAGACUCCGACACAGAGCGCAUACCUCCACCAGGAGUGUCUGUUCUACCUGAACACGUACGGCACUCACCUGGCUCUGAUCAGCUUCUACAUGCGCAAAGACUGCCUGACCGAGGCCCUGACGUACCUGCUCAACAAGGACUGUCCAGACGAGGUGUUCCUUGAAGGCGUGUUGCAGCCCAGCCUGCAGCGGGGGAAUCUGGGCAUGCUGCAGGGCAUCCUGGAAAAACUUGACCCCGGUUUGGAGACAUGCAGCCGCUACCUCAUCUCGUCCUGCCAGUUUCUGCAGCGCAGAGGAUACUACAACACUCUUUACCAGAUCCAGCAGUUUAUGAUGGAUCACGUGCGAGCUGCCAUGACCUGCAUUCGAUUCUUCACACAUGGAGCAAGUUCGUAUCUACAGCUAGGAGAGCAGCAGCGCUGGUUGGUCCGAGCCAAAGAGCACCUGAGGACGUACCUGCAGGAGCAGCAGGGUCGAGGCGCCGGGAGGAGGAGGUCACAGGUCAACUCCUUCAGGAAGAUGAUGUCGUCCAGCGAUGUGUCCAGGCACAUGAACACAAUCGAGCUCCAGCUGGAAGUGACUCGCUUCCUCCACCGCUGUGAGACGGCCGGCUCCUCCAAGGCGCCACAGAACAGCACGCCGUCCUCAAAGUCCCCUGGAGCCAGCUCACCACCGACGCUGUUUGGAGGAAGCCCGGUGAAAGUGGAGGUGGCCUGCAAGGUGAUGCUGGGAGGAAAAAACAUAGAGGAAGGUUUUGGCAUCGCGUACAGAGUCAUACAGGACUUCCAGCUGGAGGCCCAGGCGGUGUACGUGCGAGCCGGUCAGAGGCUCGUCCGACAGAAGCAGUACGGCGCCGUGCGGCAGCUGCUCAAAUGUGUCGGAGAGUCGGGCACGGCGACCAAAAACGACUGUGACGCCCUCGUCCUCAGCUGUGUCACUGUGGCGGAUAAAGGACCCGCUGACGCGAAGGAGCUGGAGAGUCUCAUCCUGGAGACGAAGAGCACAGAGACCAAGAUCAAGGCGUACCUGCUGUGCAGUAAGCUGCGACCUGCGUACCUGCUGGCGGUGAAGCUGGAGUCGAGCCGAGCGGGCCCGCUGGUCCAGGAAGUCCUCCAGGCUGCAGAGGGAGCAAAGGACUCUGUGAUGCAGAAUAUCUGUCACCAGUGGCUGUCUGAACACCACAGCAAGACGUCUCAGCAGCGACCGGGCCGAUCCAACGCCAGGUGAAGGUACGCUCAGUCAGCAGAACAAGGGAUGAGACGAACACUGCACUUAAAAACAGACGAGCCACGAUGACAGGGUCCAGGUUCUGAUUUAACACAGCGAGUCUGUUUCAGGUUCAGCUGUCACGUUAUUCUGAGACGAGGCAGAAAGUUUGUGUUUGAGUGGAAACAUCCAGAAACUCUGACGAUGACUUUCUCUUUGUGUCUGUGUUUGUUUCGGCCUUCCUCUCUCUCUCUCUGUGAAACCGAUGAAUCACCGCUGUGCUUUAUUUCCUCUCCUCUGUUAUCUCUCUGCUGUACGGUGUGUGAGAGGGAACAGUGUUACUGAACGGAGCCACAACAACAACAACACCAACACCUAUUACACAACAGAAUCCCUGACUACGAGGCAAACACAGUCAGCUGUAUCUGUCUCUCAGUGUCUCACUAAGACUUAUCUCCUACCUCAGCCAAAAGGGAAAAAUAUCUUCAACUGACUGACUCUCCUCUGACACACGUGGCUUUCUCUUGUUUUCAUUUUAAUGCCUUUAUUUUCUCCGGACGUGGUGUAGCGUUCACUGACAGCGGUACGAAACACAAUCAUGUUUCUGUGAUCCUGACGAAGCUGCACGCUCUGUCUCCGGCUCUCCAGAUUUGAAAUAUUUAAGGGCGUUGAAGUCGCCCUGAAGACAUUUUAGGUCGGAUACAGAAAGGGACCCUUCUUCAGAUCAUGUUGUAGAUCAGGUUUGAACUCUUGACAGUAGUUUAAUCUCUGAAUGGCUCGUUGUAAUCUCAAGUUAGAUCAUUAAACAGUGUCGCUGAUUUAAAGGGUUAUUCUGUACGUCUAAAAAUAGAACUUAGGGCCUGUGUCCAUUAACGCUGUUUUUCAUGUGCUGUUUCUUGGUUAUGAAAGUUGCUUCUGCUUCCCAUUAGUAGUGUUCAAUAAGCUCUGUAUGCUUCAUAUUUGUUUCCAUUCGAUGACAUUUACAAACAAACGUACAAACAUCUUGAUAGAAGCGUCGUAGCUUUAGCAUCAUCUCCAGACCAGGGAACUAUACCUGCUAAAACAAGCGUGGUUAGUUUCUCCUCUGCAUGGAUUGCUGCCAUUGUUGUCAAGAAAGCUGAUAUCAGAAGUCCCGCCCCUUCUUGAUUUUGAUUGGCUGAGGAUGGAGAAGUGACGUUGAGGAGUGCAGUUGUAUCCCAGAAUUUGAACUUUGAACUGCAGCCGCAAAAAACAGCUGAUGCAGAGAGGGUUUUUGGGGCUUUAUACACUUCAUACUGAGCGAAGAAAUGGCUUCAAUGGACACAGGCCCUUAAUCCACAAGAUUUAGCCUCUUCAACCUGUCAAUGCAGAACCAGCUUUAACCGCUGCAGCCCUAACCUUGAAGGUGAACAUGCAUGUGCAUUGAAAAAUGUUUGUUUUUGACAUGACAUCCUUACAGAGAUGAUUCCUAAAGAGAGGAAGCUUUUUGAGUUAGAGUAAGAUGCUUUCUUUGAAACCAGAAACAGCUGCUGCGUCGUAUUUUUGACGGACGCAAGAAUCCAUUUAAAAUCAAGUAAUUUGAAGAAGCAGAGGGUGGGAGUUGCUGAUCUAACUUUGACUUGAUCAGUUAGUUUUUUUUUUGUUGCUGUCUGUUUAAGACAUCCUUACAGAGACGAUUCCCAAAGAGAGGAAGCUUCUUGAGUUAGAGUAAGAUGCUUUCUUUGAAACCAGAAACAGCUGCUGCAUCGUCUUUUUGAAGGACGCAAAACUCCAUUUAAAAAUCAAGUCAUUUGAAGAAGCAGCAGGUGGGAGCUGCUGAUCUAACUUUGACUUGAUCAGUUAGUUUUUUUUUUGUUGCUGUCUGUUUAAGACAUCCUUACAGAGACGAUUCCCAAAGAUAGGAAGCUUCUUGAGUUAGAGUAAGAUUCUCUCUGAAUCCAGACACAGCUGCUGCAUCGUCUUUUUGACGGACGCAAGAAUCAAUUUAAAAUUAAGUCAUUUGAAGAAGCAGCAGGUGGGAGUUGCUGAUCUAACCUUGACUUGAUCAGUUAGUUAGUUUUUGUUAUCGUCUGUUUCUGACAUCCUUACAGAGACGAUUCCUAAAGAGAGGUAGCUUUUUGUUGAAGAGUAAGAUGUUCUCUUUGAAUCCAGAAACAGCUGUUACAUCAUCUUUUGGGAAGCCACCAGACGCCAUUUGAAUAUCCAGUCUUGAAAAGAUGCAUCAGGUGGGAGUGGCUGAUCUAAUCUUGAUUGUUAGUUUUUGUUAUUGUGCUCCUUUGGUGUUUGAAACAGAAUCACACAAUGCAACAAAAAUAAAUCUGUCAAAGCAGCAGAACAGAAACUCUUUGUCCUGUCAGCGACAAAAACAAACACUUUUAAUGGACAUGCUUUGAUGUAGCACAUUCGCCCUGAAAGAUGACUUGCGAUUCAAAAACUUCUUACGUCUCAAAAUAUGUGAAAAGAAGCAUAAAGUUGAGGUUAAAAAUGAGCAGAAUAACCCUUUAAAUCAUGCUUUGUUUCAUGGGAAUCAUACCCCUCAUGUGUGAGAAGGAAUCUGUAAUAAUGAACUCACAUCAUCUUCAAAAAGGGAUUGACCUUUUCCUUCCUGUACGCUUGUUUUGCCAAUUUUUCCACCACUUGUUACCAGAAACCAUGUUUCACUUCACUCACACGACAAUCACUGAAGUCGCUGAAGCUGCCUUCUCCAGAAUACUUCAGUGUGUAUUUCAGAACACUGUGACGUGUUAUUAUCAGAGCGACUCUGUAACACACUCAUUAGAGGAGAUCCCGUGUUAUCACUCUGCUUCCCUCUGCUGCUCUCGGGGUGAAGACCGAUACUGACGAAGCUUCCUGCGACUGAAGUGUUGAAGCUGGAAAGAAGACUCUUGAGAUGCACGUAAAACGACGUCUUUGCACUCUGAUCCUCCUUCACGUGGACUGUUGUCUCGUCACUGCCGCACUUUAUACUUGUGAGUUCAAAGAAGAAACUUCUAAAAAAUGUAAAAUAUGAUCACACUUACCACUUUGUUUAUGCAGACUAAUGAUUUCAAAUGUGUCUGAUUUCUUCAUCUCAUGUAAAAAACAAUGGAAUAAUAAAAAAAACAUUCAAUGU